AUGUCAGAUGAAGAUCAUCAGCGCUAUCUUAUAUAUAUUGAAGCUAUUCGAAUACGGGUGAAGUCCCCAGAUCUCAAUCAUGCCAACCAACAGGCGGGAUAUCCCACUUGUGUAACUAUCUCACUGAAAGUCGGUGGUGAGACCCGGGACGAGAAGGGGAACUGGCGGUGGAUGGACUCGAACUGGGUUCUACGGUCACCUGUUGAAAUAUGCCCGAACGACAGGGCAUUAGUUGAGAUUCGACCGGGGCAUCCGGGGAGCACCGACUCGGAAGUUCUGGCUUCAGUAACGUUCAAAGACAUAAUGGCGGCUGUGAGGAGUCGAGAGCAAACUAACGUAGAGUUCCAGCAGGAACACCGACUCGCUACAAUUACCAUAUGUUUCAGAGUCUGCGAUGGAUGUAUUACAUCAAAGGGGCGCGCAGACGACGCAAAACCUAUCCGACGAAGGGACACCCUUAAAACCCGGCUCCCUGGGCAUCUCGAUAUCGAUAAGCCUCUGAAGCAUAACGAGCGGCAUGCCUCGUCCUUGGAUUACUGGACGUCGGUGAUCCACGAUGGAAUGGACAGUAUGUUGCAUUCUGGAUGGGAAUGGGGGGAAUCAUCGCCGUUACAUCUCCCUGGUCCUGGCGCGGGAAUUCCUGAGGUAUCGCGGCGCUGGGAGGACCCAGCGCGGAAUGUAUCUCCCUACGUCAGGUCAGACCCCGAACCGUCCGAUACGGGGAGGAUCGAGUAUACAGUCGUGGGUACCAGCAGGCCGAAGCCUCGAUGA